AGGAGGCACGGGCGCGCGCUGGGCGGCGACGGAGCUGCCUGAGAGGGGCGGUGGGGGCGCCGGCGAAGACGGCUCACGGCGCAUGCGCAGCCGUUUGGGCGCGUCCUCUGAGGGGUCCGAAGAAGAAGCGGCGGCAGAGGCCGGAAAGACCCUCUCCUUGGCCACUGCCCUCCAUGAAAUGCCAGAGGGGAAAGAGGACCAAAUUAUCCCGCUCCUUGCUCCAGCUCUGAAAAGAAAACCCUCGGCUGGAGAUAGCUGAUGUGCUGCCGAUCCGCCUCUCAAGCGUUCUAGUCCUCAAAAAGCCCAAACGACAAAGAGCAUUGGAGCCCUUCCUCACGCAAGCCCAAUGGGACGAUUUUCCAGCAAGGUCUGGAAUUGGACCUCUUUUUUCUACGCCCUUCACCGUUCCUGAUUUUUUUUUUCCCUCUCCUCCCUGACAAACCCCCCCUCCCCAUCUUUUUUUUUUAAAGAAAAAAAAAAUCUUUCUGGCAAACCCAGUCCAGUUACUUCAUAGGGACUAGUCUCCUUCCCUCUGUCCUCGCCUGAAUGGACAGGGAGACUUUUGCGUGUGCCACAAAGUUUUUCCGCGACUACAGCGGCCCGACUCGGGGCGCCGCCUGCCAGCCUCACGACCAUGUGGACUACAUCGAGAAGCCGGAGACGUUCACAUACGCGGAUUUUUUCAAGGAUUACUUGAUCCCCAACGAUCCUUGCGUCUUCUCCGCGAAGUUCACAGAGGGCUGGGUCAGCCGGAGGAAGUGGGUCACGCCGGACGGGAAACCCAACUUGGAUUACCUCCUGCGAACGUUCGGCGAGGCUGUAGUCCCUGUGGCCAACUGCGAUGUCAAGGAAUACAAUUGUAACCCAAAGGAACAGCUUAAGCUCAAGGAAUACAUAAGCUAUUGGAAGGAACACAUUAAAAAAAGCUAUCGCUCCACCCGCGGCUGCCUUUACCUCAAGGAUUGGCAUCUGCAAAGGACAUUUCCGGAUCAGGAGGUCUACACCACGCCCAUCUAUUUCUCCUCUGAUUGGUUGAAUGAAUACUGGGAAGCCAUCGCUGUGGAUGACUACCGGUUUGUCUACAUGGGACCUAAAGGCUCAUGGACGCCCUUCCACGCCGACGUCUUCCGCUCUUACAGCUGGUCGGCCAACAUCUGCGGCAAAAAGAAAUGGCUAGUUUUCCCCCCAGGCCAAGAAGAGUUUCUAAAGGACCGCCACGGCCACCUGCCAUUCGACAUCACAGCUCCCGACUUGAAGAAUGGCUCCUUGUAUCCCCGCUACGCUCAGAGCAGCCCUCCGGUCGAAAUCAUACAGGAAGCUGGUGAGAUAGUCUUCAUCCCGAGCGGUUGGCAUCAUCAGGUUUACAAUCUGGAAGACACCAUCUCCAUCAACCACAACUGGGUGAACGGAUGCAACGUGGCCAUUAUGUGGAGCUUCCUCCAGGACGAACUCGCCGCCGUCCAGCGGGAGAUCAAAGAAUGGAAAGAGACCAUGGAAGACUGGCACCUGCAAUGCCAGGUGCUGAUGAAGUCCUACACUGGCAUCGACUACAAAGAAUUCUACAACUUCCUGAAGAUCAUUGCGGAAAAUCGCAUUUUCGUGCUGGAGCACCACCACUCGGAAGACGAUGCCUCCAAGCGUUCCUCCAGGGCCGCCCUCUCCAGCCUGGGGAUGCUUCACGCGGUGUUCGACCUGAAAAGGACCGCAAAAGUCUUGGCCUCCUUGAACGCCAACGAAGAAUUCAAGAAGCUGAAACCCGACGCCCUCUCGCCGCCCCCGCAGGCUCUCUUGCACCGUCUGAAAGCUGCAAUCGACACUGCCCUCCUCUGAAAGCCUCCCUGGCGAGCAUCUUUUGAUUUGCAAAUGGCCUUUCCUUUGCAAGAUGGCUGCAUGUGAAUAUUAUCCUCUUCUUCUUCUUUUUCCCCCCUUUCAAUCGCCCCUUUUAAAAGUCUCCAGCACAAAAAUUAUUAUUAUUAUUUUGAGGAGAUCAACGGGUAACGCAGAGGUAGAUUUUUAGAUAAUUUAAAAAGUAAAGGAGUCCGUAUAAGUUUUACAGGUAAUCCUCGGCUUAUGACCACAGCUGAGCCCAAAGUUUCCACAGACACUUGUUAAGUGGUGAAUUUGGGCCCAUUUUAUGAUUUUUCUCACUGCUGUUGUUCAGUUAGUAAUCCGGUUGUUAAGUGAAUCUGGCUUCCCGGUUGAUUUUGCUCAUCCGAAGGUCGCAAAAGGGGAAUCAGGUGACCCCGGGACACUGUGACCGUCAUAAAUAAGGGUCAGUUGCCAGGCGUCUGAAUUUUGAUCAUGAUGCUGCAAUGGCCGUAUAUAUGAAAAACGGUCAUAAGCCACUUGAACGGUCACUAAAUGAACAGUUGUAAGUCAAGGACUAUCUGUACUCUGCUAGUUGUAGAUGAAUUUAGGAGGUGAACUAGGGAAUUUAAGGGCGGGGGGGUAGGAAAUGUUGCUGAAAAGCAAAGAGUCAAAUUCGAGGGUACGAGGGAGUUAUAUUCGCUCCCCGAAAACUCGCUUCCUGAAGAAAUAGGACUAGAGUAUUCUUGAGUUACUGCUACUUACUGAAUUUAAAUCUGGCCGAAUCAAAAUUCUGAAUAAAUAUCUAUAUCUAUCCAUAGAAGCUUAUACUCCUGGCACCUUUGCUUCGUUUGAUUCUUUGGGCCGGCGGAAAAGAGCCUUAAGAUGGAGCACACAGACGAGAAAAGAAAGGACAAAUGAAAAAAGUCUCAUAUUUAUUGCUUGAAGCCAAUUUUUUUUCCCCUCGGCGCUGCGUGAAUGUGAGAGAGCAAUUAGGAAUUUUCAGCUCAGGCAUAGCAUAUCAACUUUUCAGGGAUCGGCCGAAGAUUGUGGUGGGUCUUAGCCGGCUCAAGCUGGACGGUGGACAAGGGCUUCCACUUUUUCUUACUAAGCCAUGUUCGCUUUCUCCGCCUCAAGGGCUGCCUCUCACUUUGCCUUUCUGCUUUGAGUUCAAGACGUUUUCGAAAUCAGCCGGGAUUGUCGGUUUUUUUCCCUUCUUCUUCGUUUUCGUAAACCAAGAUUUCCUGAAAUCCUUCUCGGUGGCUUCCAGGCCUGGAGCAGAACCACCCCUGGUGAAUUCAAGAGACGAGGAGGACAAAGAACAUCAAAUCGGAGGGUUGCAAGGGACCUUGGAGGUCUUCUAGUCCAACCCCCCCCAGGAACAAAGGCUUUGAAGGACUUUUCUCCGAGGCCCAACCUUCUCUCUUCCUCCUUGAUCAGAUGUGAUGGGCGAACAUGGAGACUUUGCUCAAGCUAUGAGUGGGAGAAAGGAAAGAGGAGGUGGUCCUUCAAACACGAGGAAACAGACUAAAUCUCCACAACAGUUGCUCGGAGGAAGGGCGUCCCUUCCUUUAAAAAAGGACAGCACAAAAUUUACUGUACAUUUUAGGAAUGAUCCAUGGUGUCCUCUGAGCUGGGUGGUUUUCUUGCAGACAUUUCAUGACCCAACUAGGUAACAUCAUCAGGGCUAGAAGGAAUUGCAUGAGAAGAAAGGGAGGACGACGAUUGUGAAAUCCUUGGUGCUCUCUCAGAAAUGUCUAUAUUGUUCCAGACAUUUCAUGAACAAACUAGGUAGUAUCAUCAGUGCUAGAAGGGAAAGGGAUGUGUGGAGAGGAGGAAGAGGGGGACUUUCUUGAAACCUCUGCAAGAAAUUCCCGAGUUCAGAGAACACCAAAGACCCCACAGUCAUCGUCUUCUCUACAAACCUUCCUUCUAGCACUGAUGAUGUUACUUAGUUGGGUCAAGAAAUGUCUGCGAGAAAACCCACCAAGAGCCCCACAUUUCAUCCCUGAACAUAGUUAUAGGAUACGAGCUUCGAUGCUAUGGCUAAGUGUAACUAGUCCAUAUGCCAUAAGGGCUCAAAACUACUCGUAGGAUGUCCCUUUGGGGGUGUCUGUAGAACCCUCCCCACCUCUAUAGAGGCUUCCUUCUCAAUGGGGACUGGCUGGGACCUGGUCUUCCUCUUAGCUGUAGUCCAUUAAAUGUCCACUUUGACCUUUCCUGGUGGGGGCCCCUGUUUUAACCCUGAGCUGAAGUGGACCCCCACCCCCUUCCCCCCAAGUGUUUUGCCAGAGCAUCUGGAGAUCUUGAUAAAAUCGCACAUUGAGGGGAAAAAAAAGAGAUAAUAAAUGAAUUAAACGUU